AUGAAGUUAGAAACCACGAUUUUUCCCUUAGCGGCUCUGGCAACAGUCGGCUCCUCUCUGGUUAUUCCUGGGAUGAAGUCUCACGAAGGUGGUAAAAUGCCGUGUCAUCGUUCCAAAGGUAAUGGCAAUGCGGGCGAGCUGCAGGUUGAGGGCGGACUCUCGAAUGAGGUCGGGAAAGAAACAGAAAGCGACAACGAGAUUGAAUUGGAAGUUGCAGAGACUGUAGCCGAGGAAUUGGAAGCUCCUUUAGUGGCCGUCAACGUAGCUGCCAAAAACUUGAUCCCAAACCGUUACAUCAUUGUUUUCAAGAAACACGUGGGGCUAGAAGAGGUGGCAUUUCACAAGGAGAUCGUUGAGCAAGCUCAACUGAAGUCUGCAGCAGAACUGGCAGAUUCUGACCCCUUCUUUGCCGCCACUUCAGAUGUAGAAUUCUCUAACUCGUUGGUGGGGGGCAUUAAGGAUUCGUUUGAUAUUGGUGGACUGUUGUCUGGUUACUUCGGCUAUUUUACGGAGCCUGUCAUUGAAUUGAUUCGCAAGAGUCCGUUCGUGGAAUUCGUCGAGCAGGACUCCUUGGUUCACUCGAACGAUUUCGAUACGCAAAACGGAGCACCAUGGGGUUUAUCGCGUAUUUCUCACAGAGAGCGUCUAAAUCUGGGUAGUUUCAACAAGUACCUGUACGAUGACCAAGGUGGCAAGGGUGUUACAGCUUAUGUCAUUGAUACGGGUAUCAACGUGAAGCACAACGAUUUUGAAGGUAGAGCAAAAUGGGGUAAAACUGUCCCAGCCAACGAUGAAGACAUUGAUGGAAAUGGACACGGCACCCAUUGUGCAGGUACAAUUGCCUCCAGACAUUAUGGUGUUGCAAAACAGGCAGAAGUUGUCGCUGUGAAAGUUUUAAGAUCGAACGGCUCUGGUUCGAUGUCUGACGUAAUCAAAGGUGUUGAGUUUGCUGCUCAGUCGCAUCAAAAAGCUGCAAAGGAGAACAAGAAGGGCUUCAAAGGUUCUACUGCAAAUAUGUCUUUAGGUGGUGGUAAAUCACCAGCUCUGGAUUUGGCUGUUAAUGCUGCCGUUGCAGCAGGUAUUCAUUUUGCCGUUGCAGCAGGCAAUGAAAAUCAAGAUGCUUGUAGUACGUCGCCAGCUUCUGCUGAAGGUCCAAUCACUGUGGGUGCUUCCACUUUGAGUGAUGAUAGAGCUUAUUUUUCAAAUUGGGGUAAAUGUGUUGACAUCUUUGCUCCAGGUUUGAACGUUUUAUCCACCUACAUUGGAUCAGAUGAUGCCACUGCCACCUUAUCUGGUACCUCAAUGGCUUCUCCACAUGUCGCAGGUCUAUUAAGUUACUUGUUAGCUUUGCAACCAGGUAAAGAAAGUUCCUUUUAUAAUUCCGGUUCUGAUAGUAUCUCUCCGGAACAGAUGAAGAAAAGAUUGGUUUCCUACAGUACAAAAGACAUUUUGGAUGACUUACCUACCGACACGCCAAACGUUUUAAUCUUCAAUGGUGGUGGUCAAGAUUUAAGUGAUUUCUGGGGUGGCAAAUCAUUGGAAGCUAACUCUAGAGCUGAAAACAUUGAUAUUGGACAUAUGGAAGAUAUCCUUGAGUCCAAGACAGACGAUAUAUUUGAUGAAAUUAGAUCAAUUAUGGAUAGACUGAAUAUUAUCUGA